AUGGAACAAACUCAGUUACUGGAGUGGGAUGGAGAAGGCGAUUCUACUGAUGGGUCUGAUGCUGCAGGGGAGACCCCUAAACCGGUGGGGCGCUUGCAGCUGCUGAGCAGCAAGUACGGCCCUGAGAAAGAUUUCUGGAUCUACCCUGGCGAGAACACCAUUGGUCGCUUGGAAAGCUGUCACGUCUGCUUGCCUGCCAAUUCUGUUUCCAAAGCGCAUGCGGUGAUCGAGGUCCCCUCCUCCCGCGGGCCCCACCUUUUGUACGAUCGGGGCAGCUUGAACCGGACUCGGCGCCAGCGGGUGGCCUUGAUCCCACAGGUCCGCUACAGCCUCCAAGAUGGGGACACCUUGGUUUUUGGAGAUGUGGCAUGCCAGUACUUCAUCCUGGUCCCGGAUACCGAUUGUGACUCCCUGGAGGAAUCCAUGGCAGUGCCACCCACCCAGGAAAGGGUGGAGGCCAGUGCACUGGUCAUUGAGGAAACACCUGCGCCGGGCAGGAGAAUAGGCUUUGGGCAAGUUCUGGUCCAGGAUUCUGACAAGGAAGAGGAAGGGGAGGAAGUGAUCAAUGGGACAGGAAGCAACUUGCACCAGACAGCAAGAGACGGUAAGGAAUCAGGACCUUGGAGUUUGGCUUCCUUUGGUGUCUCUUCUCCCUCGUCUACGGUGGUGCCUGAAAGUGACGAUGAAAGUGGAGACCUUUCAGCCAGUGGCCCACCCUGCCCUGCCCUGCGUCUUUCCUUUGAGAGCCAGGAUACUGAACGGGGCCCCACAGAGAAUGGUGAUGGUCAUUCUUCCAGCAGAAAAGACUCCGGAGAACCCACAGCUGAAGAGGAGGGAGCUUCUACAGAACAUGGCCCGGUGGAAGGCUUUCAUUUGGACAGUGACACAGAUGUAGAGGACGAAAACCAAAUGGGUUGCAUUUCCGAAGAACCAGCAUCAUUGCACUCAUCAAAAAGGGAUAGGGACCUAGAGGUGGACCCUGAGCCUGACCUGAAUGAGUCUUCAUUAAUAGCUUCAGGAAUCCAUUGUCCCCAAACAUCAGUUGAGCUGGGCAGUGAUACAGAUGCAGAAGAGACCAUGGAAAGCCCAGCUGCCUUCAGAUUAAAGCUCCCCUCCACUUUGGAAAAAGAAGAUGAUGACACCGACAUGGAAGCAGAAAUGGAAAGUCCAAGUGUUGUUGGUCCAGGGAAACAUGAGCCUGUUUCCCCAAAAGAGGAUGACUGCCAACAGCUGGAAGACAAAGAAGACCAUGUCCAACUUGGUGGGGAAAAGGAUGAUACAGAUGUGGAGGAGGCUUUGGAUAAUCCGGAAAGCGGUGUGAAUGCCCUGCCUCCCACAGCCCAUGAAGAUGUUGACACAGAUGUGGAAGGCUCCUCUGUCAAGGGGGAGGCUCCAGGCAGGACCAAGAACCACGAAGUUGGUGGAGACGGUGGCGGGGAUGAUACCGAGGAGGAAGUGAUUAAACCGCGGCUGGAGAAUUCAGAAGAUACUUGUCCUCAGAGGACCUGUUCUUCAAGUGGCAAGGAGAACAGCCCGGAUAGGGAAGAGAUCCCCCUCAAGAGGAUUGUGCCAGAUGAUCAUUGCAUUGGUGAGGGACUCGGCGACGUGGUUGGGUUGACACAAAAUUCUAACGUCGAACUUGAGAUGAGUUGCGAAGUCGGUGACACGUCUCCUAGGGACUUCGAUAAGAAGGAGCCCCUGCCAAACCCCGAGCAUCACAACCUGCCCGUACUCUUUCUGGGUAGCGAUACAGAUGGGGAAGAGGAGGCAGGUCAUCCGGAUGCAGAAUCAAAGGAGAACCCGCAAGACUCCGGUGUGGAGUCCAGCAAAGGAAGUAGAGCGAGCCAUUUGGGGGAUCCAGAUAUCGGAUCUCAGGGAAAACCUACAUCUGUACAAGACAAGGACAGCGAUACCGAUGUGGAAGUGAUGCCUGUGGGUCAUGAUAAAUCCACAGCUCAAGACAGUGAUACGGAUACGGAGGACGUUGCUGCACCUUUACUAAGGAAACCCCUAGAAGAGAAAGGCGCGCAGUCGAUAAUCCCAGUGAGAUCUGAGGCAGGAGAAGAGCAGUUGGCUUCUGCAGUAGGGGUUGGAGUGUCCCUCAAAUCUCGUGAAGACAGUGAAGAUACAGACGCAGAAAGAGAGGAAUCCUAUUCAGCAGACGAGAGCAACACCGAUGACGAGGUUGAUGUGUCCUUGCAGGCCACACAGUGUUACCUGCCAACUGAAACCACAUCACCUAGACCUGAAAAAGCUGGAGGUAUCACAGCUGCAGUAACCAGCUUACCUUUGAAAGACAACAGUUCUGACCAAGAAGAUGAUAUGCUGGAAGCUACCCAGCCAUAUUGUCAGGAGCCCAAACCCGAAGUCUUAGCAGAGCUUUGCGAGGCCUUGGCUGGCAAAAAGAAGCUGGACCCAGAACGGCUUGUCCAGAACCAACCCGAAGGGGAGAAAUGUUUUGAGCAGGUGCCUCAACCUGAUUUCCCGGCUUCAACCUCUCCGGCGGGAGAAGAGACCACGCCCAGUCUUCCGGGAGACAACCCUCUGCCUCAGGCUAUGGAGUUGCCCCCUCCGCAAUCCUCCUUGCAGACAGCAGGGGGCGCCUCUGAAGAGGAAACCCAGUCUCUCUGCUCUCUGCAAAUUCCCCUGGUGGCCAGCCAGCAGUCCUUGACUCCACAGGAAGAGAAGAGGGUGGAGGUCCCAGAAGGUGGAAGCCCUUCAGAGGUGAUGCUCAGACAGAGUGAGGCAAUAACCAGCUUACCUUUGAAAGACAACAGUUCUGACCAAGAAGAUGAUAUGCUGGAAGCUACCCAGCCAUAUUGUCAGGAGCCCAAACCCGAAGUCUUAGCAGAGCUUUGCGAGGCCUUGGCUGGCAAAAAGAAGCUGGACCCAGAACGGCUUGUCCAGAACCAACCCGAAGGAGAGAAAUGUUUUGAGCAGGUGCCUCAACCUGAUUUCCCGGCUUCAACCUCUCCGGUGGGAGAAGAGACCACCCCCAGUCUUCCGGGAGACAACCCUCUGCCUCAGGCUACGGAGUUGCCCCCUCCGCAGUCCUCCUUGCAGACCACAGGGGGCGCCUCUGAAGAGGAAACCCAACCUUUCUGCUCUCUUCAAAUUCCCCUGGUGGCCAGCCAGCGGUCCUUGACUCCACAGGAAGAGAAGAGGGUGGAGGUCCCAGAAGGUGGAAGCCCUUCAGAGGUGAUGCUCAGACAGAGUGAGGCAACUCCUCUGGAUGACCAGGUGGAAGAAAACUCGGAAUUAGUAAGAGAAACAAGGAAUCCUAAGAAGAUGCCAGCCCAGGAGGAUCCGGCGUCAACAGCGCCCCCUGCCCGCGAGCUGCGGCGCAGUCUGCGAACUUCAACCACUUCCGCUUCACCCGCCCCUGUCCCAGAAAGACGAAGUCUCCGCCAACAGGGAUCUGGGGCCGUCGUCGCAUCCAGCAAACCAGCUGCCCCAGAGAGCAGGCGUAGGGGGCUGCGGCAGCUCAGCAAAGCAAGUCAACGAAAGAGGGAAGUGAAGGAGAGGCCAGAACAGCCCGGAGAAGAGGGGCCCAGGAAGAAGGCCAGGAAUGGAAACCUGACCGCUGCUCCUGUCCCUCAAACUCGAACGAGGAGCUCUCAGAGAGAAUCCAGGGCUGCCAGCAAGGUUACAGAAGUAGCAGCCGCCGUCUCUGUUAGCCCUGGGGCCAGGGAGCCCACAAAACGGGCCGGGAGGGGUCUUGCUCCCGGCCCUGGGCUAGAAGGGCAGCCGGAGCGUCCAAGGACUCGGGCCAGCAAGCUGUCCAGCAACAGCAGCAGCUUUUCCACGAGCACCCCAAGCCCAAAGGAUUCUGGGAAAAGUGCCAAGCCUGGGCAGGAACCAAUACUGUCCACUCCGUCUUCGGGAAGGAAGUUGCGGCAUCACAGCCCGGAAGACAGAGCGACAAGUGAAAAGGCCUCAUCUGGCAGUCGCACCCGGCGCUCCACUGGACCUGGCAGCCCCGCCCCCAAGGUGUUAUUCACGGGUGUGAUUGAUGAGGAGGGAGAACGUGUAGUGGCCGAAUUGGGGGGUUCUCUAGCAGAAUCUGUCUUUGAUUGCACUCACCUUGUGACGGACCGCGUGCGUCGCACGGUCAAGUUCUUGUGUGCCCUGGCUCGAGGAAUCCCCAUUGUGACCCUCGACUGGCUGGAGAAGAGCAGACGGAAUGCUUUUUUCCUGGCGCCAAACAGCUUCCUUGUUCGGGACCCUGAGCAGGAGAAGAACUUGGGGUUCAGCCUCUCCACCUCGCUGCAGAAAGCACAGCAGAAAGGAGCCCUGUUCCAGGGCUACGAAAUCCACGUCACUCCUAACGUGAAGCCAGAACCAGAGUACAUGAAGGACAUCGUUAAAUGCAGUGGUGGGACUUUAUUACCAAGAAUGCCUCGGGCCUUUAAGGAGAAACGUAUCGUGGUGUCCUGCCUUGACGACUUGUUGCGCUGCAAACCAGCUCAGGAUGCAGGAGUGCCCAUCACCAACGCGGAAUUCAUCCUGACGGGUAUUCUGCAGCAGACGGUGGACUUGCAGGCUCACAGCCUGGAUGUCUGUGUGGGUCUGUCUCCAGCUUCCAGCCCCCUUGUUCCCUCUACCAGGACCGGCAAGAGGCGGGCAGCCACACGGACGGCCCCAGCUCCUCCCAGCACAGCCAAGAGACGACGCUGAUCCCCCCCAAGGGCAGCACUGCCUUAAAAUUGUACAUACGGGAUUUUGUUUUUUAUAUACUGCUGCCAAUAAACGGGGUGUGAAAAGA